AUGGUCUUGCACGAGUACGCUCGGCUUGACCUCGAAAGAGACGCCAUCCGCCUGCUCAGGCUCGAGAAGGGAUAUACCGCCGAGCCCGUACGCUGCGAGCUGUUCGAGGCUUACCUCCAUGAGAUCGAUGGCAUACCUUAUGAGGCCCUAUCUUACACCUGGGGUGAUGCCUCUGCUAAGCGCGAGAUCACUGUGAACCAGCAGUCAUUCAUCGUCACGGCCAAUCUGGACACGGCUCUGCGCGCCUUGAGAUCACCGCAUCAAGAUCGCCUUCUUUGGGUUGACGCAAUCUGCAUCGACCAGGCCUCUGAUAAGGAGAAGAGCCAUCAAGUCGGCCAGAUGAGAAUGGUAUACAAGUUUGCGGAGCAGGUCGUCAUCUGGUUGGGUCCAAGUACUGAAGACAGCGAUCUCCUCAUGACCCUUGCAAAGACGCUUGAUUUGCAUGCAUCGAGGAGUAAGGCUUGGGAGGAGGAAUGGGAAUCCAUGGUGGUUGCAAACGGAGGACCAGCGACGGAUAUGUUCAGACGAGCAUAUAAUGCAUUGGAAGAAAUGCUUGCUAGGCCAUGGUUUCGGCGCGUUUGGAUCCUACAAGAGGCAGCCAGUGCUAGGUCAGCAGUCGUUCUUUGUGGGGCCAAGUACGUCCACUCCAGGACAUUUGCCCAACUGCCGGCUCUCCUAGGCCUGGGAAACGUCGACACCCACGCUCAGGCCGUACUCGAUAUCAUGCCAGGGCCUCUAAGGCAAAAGUCUUGGUGGACAUCCAACCGGGAUUUGAAAACUCUCCUCAGAAAAUUUCGCUCUAGUCAAGCGUGCGACGCCAGAGACCGCAUAUACGCGUUACUAGGGAUUUCAUCUGAUGCUUAUAACGGGACAGUAAUUCAGCCGGAUUAUGGGGCUGACAUAUACACGGUGGUUCAACGCACCAUAUACCAUCUGUUGUUUAGGGAUCAGGGAAAUGCCGCUCCUCCAGCUCCUUUCUGGGGUAUAGAUGACUUUUUCGAUGCCUUGGAGGACCUGCCUGGUCGGGUAGUCGGCUGGUACCUCGCAAAUGAAUCCCACCGGCAGUACAAACGGUAUCAAGCAAUGAUGUACUUCCCAACAUCAACUGCCACAGCGAGUCAAUCGCUACAAGGUUUGCCAUCCUCGCUGCUGACAGCCGCUGUGCCCGCAAGGGACAAAGCUAUCGCCCAGGACAUUCUUGACAGAGAUGCUGUUGACGUGAACAAACACGAUGUUUCCGGAAAUACUGCGCUUGUCCUCGCGCUUGAACUUGGCAAGCAUUCCAUGGUCGAAAUGCUGUUGGCCCGAAAGGAUCUCAAGAUGGAUGCCAACGAAGCUCCGCAUCCGCUGAUGAUCGCAAUAAGACAAGGAGCAUAUGUUGAAGCUAUAAUCGGCAGAGACAGCAUCGAUGUCAAUGACUAUUUCAAUACAGGAGGCACUUGGGAGACUCCGUUGACUAUGGCCGCCAAAUUUGGAAGGCAACGUAUAGUCGAGAUGCUCGUUACACGGAGAGACGUCGACGUUAACUUGAAAAGCAAGUGUACUUCAGAACUCUCGCUUUCGGCAUUGGCUAUAGCAUCGUGGAAAGGUGACGAGUCCAUGGUAAAGACUAUACUGUGUCGAAGUGAUGUCGACACUGGGAGUAAUUCUGGGGCGAUGGGCAUGAGUGACAGCCCAGCCUGGCUAGCCGCACGGAACGGACACAAGAAAGUGGUGCGGCUAUUCUUAGACAGGUGUGAAGGUUUUGAUGCCGAGGAAUGCAUGGCAGUCGCAGAAGCCAAUCACUCCGCGAUUCCAGAUGAGAUGGUUUGGGAGAGUGUUGAUAGCCGCACUUUGUUGGAGUUUUUCCCAUCAAGCCUCAGACAAAGGGUGAUUAUGAAAGGCGACAGCUGA